GUUUCCAGGAACCAGUGUUGACCAAGAGCAGCAAGCUGCUCCUUGUGGCCUCUGAGAUACCAGGUACAACCUGGAUGCAAGAAAUUUUGACUUGAUUCGAAAUGAUGGUGAUGUGGAGAAAUGCAAAAAAGCCACUUCUACAGACAGACACCCUUUCCUUGAACUAACAUUUCGCCUUGGAGAAAAACCUGAUUAUCUAUGUGGCCGGAAAUGCCAAGGAUUGCCUCGUGUCUUACUACCACUUUCACAGGAUGACUUUUUUAUUGCCUGAUCCUCAGAACUUUGAGGAAUUUUAUGAGAAAUCAUGUCAGGAAAAGAGAAUUUUAAACCUAUAGAAAAGUUGAAAAAGUGUGCAAAAAAUACAUUUGAACCCUCUUCUAGAUUUGCCAACUUAAUUUUGCUGCAUUUUCAACUCAAGUUUGCUGCAUGUACCCUUCCCCAAAGCAGCUGUCCAGUCCUCCCAGUAAGAUGUCCUUGGAGAAGAUGAAAGAGAUUCAGCUGGAGGAAAAAUAUCUAUACCCAGAAACUAGAGAAGUGAAUGGAAUCCUUAUGGCCAAAAUGAUUAGUGAUAAUUGGGACAAAAUCUGGAAUUUCCAAGCAAAACCUGAUGAUCUCCUCAUUGCAACCUAUGCAAAGGCAGGCACAACCUGGACACAGGAGAUUGUGGACAUGAUCCAAAAUGAUGGGGAUGUGCAGAAGUGCCAGAGGGCCAACACAUUUGACCGCCAUCCUUUCAUCGAGUGGACGCUGCCCCCACCCCUCAACUCAGGUCUGGAUCUGGCUAACAAAAUGCCUUCUCCUAGAACUCUGAAGACUCAUCUGCCUAUUCAGAUGCUACCACCUUCCUUCUGGAAAGAAAAUUCAAAGAUUAUCUAUGUGGCUAGAAAUGCCAAGGACUGUCUGGUUUCCUACUAUCAUUUCUCAAGAAUGAAUAAAAUGUUGCCUGACCCUGGUACAUGGGAGGAAUAUGUUGAGACAUUCAAAGCUGGAAAAGUGCUGUGGGGUUCCUGGUAUGACCACGUAAAGGGAUGGUGGGAUGCAAAAGACCAGCACCGCAUUCUCUACCUCUUCUACGAGGACAUGAAGGAGGACCCAAAGCGGGAAAUUGAGAAGAUACUGAAGUUCCUGGAAAAAGACAUAUCAGAGGAAAUUCUGAAUAAAAUCAUCUAUCACACCUCCUUUGAUGUAAUGAAGCAAAACCCAGUGACCAACUAUACCACUUUGCCCACCAGCAUUAUGGACCACUCCAUCUCCCCUUUUAUGAGGAAAGGGAUGCAUGGAGACUGGAAGAACUAUUUUACUGUGGCCCAAAAUGAAGAAUUUGACAAGGACUACCAGAAGAAGAUGGCAGGAAGCACCCUAACCUUCCGCACAGAGAUCUGAGAGCAGUCAGGGAGUCUGUCCUGGACUUUCUUACCAGAUUUUUGCCAUUUGAGCCUCAUGAUCAAGGACACUUAAAACAAAGACACCCUUCCUCCAGUCUGGAGCUGUUACACACUACCUGUAGAUGAUAAUACUUCAUCAAAAUGUAACCAAAUCCUGGGUAGAGUUUUUAAUUAAGAUACAUGAUCCCUCAUUUAGACACCAACCACAUAAUGUACUCCCCUGUCCUAAGGCAAAAUAAAGGCAAUUUAGUUCCAUCACUAGUUUACAAUAGUGAAAUAAAUAAAGAGAUAAAUAAGA